GUGGAGAUAGAGAAACGUAGUUGUGGAAUUUCCAUUUCUGGCAUCUUUUAAGUUCUCUCCGCCUGACAGGAUGGAAGAUCGCUUUUCACAUUGCUGUAUUAGAAAUUGUGCGAAUGUCGAUCGUGUUCUUUCAAAUUCAUUCCCUCUACAUUUAUCCUACUGUUAAGGCGGUAUUAAAAACAUGUGAACUAUAUAUUAAAUCAUUUAAUAGUAUAUUACAUGAUCGGUAAAACUUGACAAGUAUUAUCACGUUUUAAUAAAAACAAUAAUCUUAUUUAAACAAGAAUUAUGAUAUAUUUUGACCAUAAUUAUCUGAUAACGCAGUGAAAUGAUGCAUUACUUUUUUGCUUAUUUCAUUUCAUCCAUAAUGCUGUUAUUAUUUAGUACAAAUUUUUUAUUAGGAUGAUAAAUAAAUUAAUCGUACUUUCAGUUAUUUUGUCGAUUAGGAGUGAAGUCUACGUUCCAUCAAUAAACUAUAGAUAAGUAGCCAUAUCGGUUCGCCUUGCCAAGUUUAAAUCGCGAUCCGGCCCGUGGUACUUACUCUUGUACAGUAACGAGCAAGAAACGCGAGCGUCCGCGAGUAAAAUCGCGCUCAGCCAGUCACUUGGCCGCUCAAGAGGAUUUAUAAAGCACCGGCGCGCCAAUUCAAGGAGUCCCUUUUUCUUGAAACCGCGAUAACCGCGACUUCGUUCUCAUUUAGACGACGAAUUAAGAUAAAAGAGGAGCAAAGUCGUCCGUAGAUUCGCCGCCAAGCAGCUCGAAAGAGCGAGCCAAGCAGUCAAGGAAAGAGGGAGGCAGGGAGAAGGGGGGAGGGGGGGGGGAAGAAGGAGGUGGAAGAUCCUGAAAGCCGGAAGGACGAAGGCAGACGCUCCCCCUAACGAGAUUAAUUUGUUUUAUAUGCGACCGCGCCACCGCCACUCUGUAGCAACAUGAAAGUAACUCCUGGCAGAUUGCGAAAGGCGUUUCACCCCGGUAACUCUCUCUCUCCCCCCCUCUCUCUCUCUCUCUCUCUCUUUUUCUCUCUCGGUCCUUUUCUAUGGUGAUGUUGAUCCUGCCAACAGGAGGAUCUCUGAAAAGAUUGAAAAUUGAUCCACGAUCGCAAUAAGCUGGCUGGCGGUGUCGUGAGAGGCUCCCUUUGAAAAAUUGCUAGUCCUGGCCGACUAUCUUCGUGUAACCCGUGCUGGCGCGACAUUAACGUAACUCUAUCGGUCUAUGCUACCAACUGCGUAAAUAGAUACUUUCCGGGUGUUUUCCUUGGCCGAAAAAAUUUAUCACUGUAUAAUUUAACAAAUUUUAUUUAUUUAUCAUAAUUUGAUUUGUUAUAUUUUUAUGUAUCUAAAGCAUGUAAAAAAUGUUGUAAUUGUUAAAGAAAUUGUUUUUUUUUUUUUUUUCAUAUUAAUUACUAUUGUGAGAUAAAGAUUUGAAUCAAUUACGAUUUCCUAAUGUGUAUGCAUUAUCUCCAAACGUUAAUUGUGAUGUGUGUUAUUUAAAUUUUAAAUAAAACUCUAACACCUCUUUCUAUCAAACUUCUCCCACUAAAUGAGGCACAGUUGAAAAAGAGCUCCUCUCUGACUUCGCGAUAACGCUGGAUAUAGGCAGUGCUGUUGCCUCGAAAAAAUCAUUUCCCCGGAACAAAUCGGGAGGAAGGCAGCUCGUUGAAAUGCACGGCGUUCGAAGCGUCAAAGGGAAGGCAAAGUCUGCAGAGCAAUUCCGUCUCGAGUGCGUUUACGCCGAUGCAUCCCUCUUUCUUCCUCUUUUUCAUUCUCGCUUAUUCGUUCUCCCUUGCCGGUAUAGCCGCAGCUAUUAUUUUUCAUCGGUGUUGGUAACUAUAGGUACGCCAGAGACGAAAGAGAGCUUCGAAAGAGGGAAAGAUAAAUCGAGAGAGUGGCUGCGAGGCAGAAACGGCGGGCAGAAAGAGGAAGACAUAGGUAGAGAGAGAAGGAAAACGACAGGGCGACAUGGAUGGCAGGAAGAGAAAGGGUCGCAUAUCGAUUCCGUGUGUACUUUUGUCACGUUGUCUCAGGACAUUACCUCACAUGUAAAAGGAUCUUUCGCAAAUAUGACCAUUAAACAGUCGCAGCACGACACAACGCUGUUGUUUGACGGUGUAUAAACGCACAUCUGCUGUCCUCUGUCAGGUUAACAUGAACUCAUUGAUACUAAAUAAAUAUGCGAGUACCCAAAAAUAUCACAUUGCUGAUAAUAUUGUGAUAACAUAAAAUAUAACUUAAAUUUCCGAUAUGUGAAAAUUUUUGAUUAACAAUUACAUUUUACAUUUUGUAAUAAUAUACAUCAUAGUAAUGUAAUCCAUAAAAAAAAGUUGUAAAUAUUAAAUAUACAUUGCUGUAUCAAAGUUCUUAUCUCCUUCAAUGUUCUCAUCUCCUUCAAUGAAUCAUAUUAUUAACUGACUAUAAACUAAAUUUGAGAAUAAAAAUAGAAUGACAAAUCUUUUUACAUCUUUUUUACCUAUGAUAAAACUUAUACACCCGAGCUUACAAAUUAUUAAUUUUCAAUCAACGAUGGUACAGCAGAAAAUAAAAACUGAAAGACACGUGGCAUGACUCGAAAAUUUGAGAUGGCAGUCUUCCCACGCGUAUAUCUUAACCCUUAUCCGUAUCCAACUUCUCCCUCAACCCUUUCGCUCCCUUUGCUCUCGAGAUCCCUCGUGUCCCUCGGGCAUUCCAAUGAAAUCUACAUACGAAAAGGAGGAGUGCUUUCCCAUGUCCCUAUCUUGCGGACACCAGGCAACCUAUCUAUUCAAAGAAACCUAAUCUUCUUACCCUUGAGACGAGAAAUUCUUGGAGGAUGUUAGUCACGUGACAUUCAAAUUUUAAAAGAUUACUCUACGCCGCGUAGAAAACGAAGAAGAAUUGCAAUUCACGUAAUGGAACGUCAGAUUUCAGAUAAAUCCGACAGUGUUGAGGCACUACUCGUAUUAAAGUGUACAAGAGUUGAGCGCGCGGGUCUUGCAUUGUUAUUAAUAAUAUUUUAUCUACUUUAUAUUAAAUGUGCAUAUUAAAUGACACGUGUAAUUAAUUUGUGAGCAAUUGAUUUUUUUAUUUAUUAAGCGAUACUGCACAAGCCUUAUAUAAAUCAAUACAAACAAGUCUUUCCAUAGUUACCUGGACAGAUUUCACCGGUCAGCCAAAGGUCAUCGACCUGACACAGCGUGGGUCUAUCGUAUUUUCGAGGAGAGCCAAAUGUAAUUAAGUACGGCACGAAUCAAUCGAAUGAAGAAAUAGACGGUUACUAUCGGCCGAAAGGGGGGAAAAAAACGAAGUAAAAAGUAGAGGAACAGGAUCGAUAGCUCUCGGAUGCCAACUGGGCGCGACAUCUGCAUGCAGAUGCAUCCCGAGUGUUCUCACGUUACUCAGGUGGCGACUGACUUUCUGAAUAAAUUACCGGCGCGAGAGAAACGUAAGUCCCCGAAACAUUUAUAGACACCCUGUUGUGUACACGGAUACGCCGGGGAUAAUGGGCCUACCUGGUUCUUCAACCCCUUCCGCUUCUUUGGCCGCCGGCUGCACGAGCGGACCCCACUUUAUGCUCGUUAUGCCAUUAUUUCUCGAGUCAGUUUAUUACCAUCGACCUGUGUCAUCCUUUAUGCAGAAUAAUUUGAUAUCCCGGGCAUCGAAAAGGGCGCACACAAGAGCCUCCUCGCGCACGUCCGUUUUUCACGUUAUUCGUAGCCAGCUAAAUUUCUGCUCUCAGUGACAUUCUUAAUUCCAUAGUCGCUAACAAAUAGAUGAAAUUAUACGUGGAAAUUAAUUGUCUAUUAAUGUAUAUUAAAGCGCGGUGUUUUCAACUCAAUGUACGUAAUAGGGUUGGAAUUUCGUAUGCCCGGUUGACUUAAAUUUGAAGAUUUUGUAAGAGGAAAUAGUUAUCUGCAAAUUAAAAAGAGCAGCCCUUAUUAAAUUCUUUAAUAUCAAUUAUGACAUUUUACAAAUCGGUACUGUAUUUAUUAUAACGUUGAUUGCAUGCCGAUACAAGACAAAUAUAUAUGAGGAUAAGGACUUACGUUGACGUCAUGACAUUAAAGAAUGAUUGCGUGUCAAGAGAGAAUAGGAUAAAUGCGAGGUUGCGAUAACGUGCGUACAAGUCGCGGCGGUGUUUGUUUCUGAAUGACGGCAGGCAUCUCGCUUUGCCGAGUGUACAAACGACUUCUUGUUCGCAAAACAGAAAUUACCGCGGCACAGCGUGGCGCUGAGGAAGGACAGUAGAAAGAUGAGGACACGAAGAUUCCAUUAAGGGGUAACCGGCGGUAAUGAAUGGAAGACACCCCCUAGUGCCACCCCGAGAUCUCCUACCCCUGAAUUUCUCGUUCACUUCUCUUUCUCCUCCUCCUCCUCCUCCUUCUCCACCCCUAUCUUCCUUUUGCAUUCUCUCUCUCUCCCUCUCUCCCUUCCGUCUUCGUCUCUCUCUCUCUCUCUCUCUCUCUCUGUCUCUCUCAAGUUCACCGCUGCAAUGGCUUGUCCUCCUUGCACCAUCUUUACUACGACCAGGGAAGGCCAGCGUAAUUUUCCUCUCGGUAAAAAAUACUCUCGUUUAACUUUUCCUCGCUCAUUAUUCCCUGCCGCCCUGACCUAACCCGACUUGACCCCGAAGGCGGCUUCCUUUAAUAACCCAGAAAGAAAGAGGAGUACCGACGACCGAUGCUAGGAAGCGAGAGGGAUAUAGGAAGCGAGAUCGGAGGAGACCGAACGGGAGGAAGAGAGACAGGAGUAACGCCAAGGGCAAUCCUUGGAUGCUAAUUUGUAACUGGGCUACUUCCGGGACAGUGGUUCCCCGUCGCGCGCGAAACUUUAUCUAACUAUCAUUCUCAAAUUACGAGAAUGCUAUUUGUACGGAUUGAACGUACCCCGACGAGAAUUAGGAAAGUUUUUUUCUACGAAUUCAGUGACUUUUUCAUUCUAAAACUUUUAUUUUUAUCAUUUAACCGCAGUAAAUUAUCAAUUUCUUGAAUUAUUAAUACGAAUAUUUUAUUGUUGUAUUACGUCAAUGUACGUUAAAUGCUUGAUUACACAUUUUUCAAUUAUUCUGUGAUAAACAAUUUACUUCUAGUUGCAAAUACUUAUUAAAUAUAAAUUUUUGUAAGAUGCAUUAUACAAUAUUUUAUCAAAUAUGUUGUUUAUUCUUUUUGAUGUAGAGUUUAUCAAAACUUGAAUUUGUGAACUGAAAGACAAAAAUGUGAAUGUUUAUUGUAAUUUUAAUAAACAGACAUAAUAAUAACAUGAGUUGAUACGAUAAAUAAUUAAUAAUUAGAAUAAUUAUAUUUUUGAGAUAUUUAUAUUAUAUUUUGUGUAUAUUUUUUGAAUAUAUUUGUGAUGUUUCUUAAUAAAAUUGGUAAAGCACAAUAUGUCUGUUUGGUACAAUGUAUAUGCAGAAAAAUAUUUUUGUUGCUUAUACACAUACAACGGCAUAUAAAAUAGAUACUACAUAAGAUAAACAUAAUUGUAUAUUAUAUAAUAUAUAAGUAAAAAUGUACAACAGUAUAAUUAAUUUUUUAAGAUGCACAAUACGAAAGAUAUGAUACGGAAAAACUUGAAUUUAUUUGCGUUGAAGAAUUGAAGGCGACCGAUACUUUAUGUAGCAACAGCGCCAGAGGAGCCGUUAAUAAAACGGUGGUAUAAUCAGAAGGAUGAGCACCUUGAAAGAUCCUCCGGUAGCACGGCGAGGGAUGGUUUUCCUUGCAUCGGCAAUUAGUCUCAUCCCCCCUGGAUACCCUUCGUUCUAUCCUGCCGGUUAUAGCAACCAACCCCAUCCAUGGCAUUUAAUUACCUUACCAACCCCAGGCUAACAGCCUCGGGGCCAAGGUCACGAGCCAUUCAACUCCUCGUAUUUCUCAGCCCGUGGAGGCACACUGACCGCAUUUGCCUUUAAGCCCUACUUCUAAGUGUCGAUUGUUUCUGUCUUGAAUUUCGGAAUUUCCUUCUGAUUCACGCAUGAUCAGUUAUUAUCAUGCCUUCGCUCGUUUGCUUUUUACGAACACUGACUAUUACGAUUAUUGAUUAUUUUGGGGAUAAAAUAAGAUAAGAGAAAAAGAAAGUGCGGAUGAGAGGUACUUUGACAUUGUUCUUUUAUUACUUUUUUUUUUUUUUAAAGAUUAGUUGCUCAAUUUGUUUAAUUCGUUUCCGUCGCAUCGACCGCAAUUUUAAGAGGCCGAUGAUUUUCAGGGUAUUACAAAGCCAUUCAUUUUACUUCGAGAGGAUGCGGGGCGAUCGCUCGCGAUAGUCGAUCGAUAAGCCGUAAAUUCGCACGACCAUUUUGCGCGCCUACUUCUAUCCACUUCAUUGACAAGAACGAUGAAAAGACGGCGUUCCUCGGCGCGUUCGUCUCUUUUUUUGUCGAGUUCCACGCGCUCGCGUGCUCCGGCGCCAUAAUCCAUAAAUCACCGGAGGCCUCGAUUCUUUAUGGGUUAUGGAAGAGAGUACGCGGGGCCUCUCGCGCAGUCGAUAUAACACCCCCCCCCUUCCCCCUCCACCGACGUCGUUCGAUACCCCUGCGAUGUCCCAUUCGCGUUUUUAUUUAUUUCCGUGGAGUUAACGAACGAGACGCCGGCUAUUGUACGCUUCCAUCGGCCGCCGUGCCGCUGGUGCGACAACCUUUUUACGAUCGAUUUGCAGAGACGCCAUUUUCGCCGGAGUUUAUACCGGUACAACCUAUAAUCUCAUAAAUCAGGCAUCCUAUCUGGCUCCUCCACAUCCUCCCGAUUCCUCGCGAGAGGUGACUGUGCCACCGCGCCGCUGCUUAUCCUUACACCAACGCGAAAUUCCUUUUUGCAUUCCGCGAGGAUAAUUCUGCGACGUACCGGCAAUAAUUCUUACAGUGGAAUGGAGAGAAUAUUAUGGCAGGAUAGAGUCUCUUCUCACGGAUCCUUUCGUCCCGAGCACAUUGAUUUACGCUAUGCACCAGCGUGCGGUGUUAAACGGUAUUGUAUAUGCUGGAUAUCGUAAUACUAGUACGUAUUGCACAUGAUGAAGUGUGAGGCAACGUUUCCCUCUUCUACUGUUUGGCUUCUUUAUGUAUCAUUAGAGUACCAGUAUCGAAUGGUAUAGAUAUAAUCGGUGCGCAGUGUGCGCUCGUUUGAAUUUAGUUUUAUCUAAUAUAAAGUGUAAUAUAUUAAAAUAUAUAUUACAAUUUUUUUAUGUAUAUAAAUACAUGAAAAAUGUAUAGAAUAGACACUCAAUCAUUUUAAGACAAUGCUGUGCCAUAAUUUUCAAGUUUCUAAAAACAGAUGAAUAUACAUUAUGGGAGAUUUCAUGUGUGCGGUAAACUUUUUUGUACUCGUGCUGAAACAGUGAAUUUUCGUUUUAUAAUCAAGUGAUUUUUAUACGAAAUAAUGAAAACCAUAUUGCACCCCGAGCGAUAUCAGAGAGACGCCAUUUUACGCGAAGAAGAAAUUCACGACUUAUGUCUUCUUCUCUCGCGCAUACGAAUACAUUUAGAGGGUAGGUCAACCGCCUCUGCAGCACGAGAUGGCACACGGGAAGCGGAGGGGGAGAAUGGGGUGUAUGUGAAGGCGCGCACACAUACCAUACCAGGGGAGGGUACACCUCGGCCGCCCCCGAGCUGCGCAGAAGUUCCUUCCUUCCGCUUGAUCGACAUCGAUUCCAAGAUGGCGGCCGGACGGUGGUGCGCUCACGGCAUACAUAUCGGCCCAUUCUACGAGCCACCCCGCCCUUAGGGGGACCCCUUUUACUUCCACGAUCCACCCUCUCUGCCACCCAUCCUGACGUGCUCGUCCACAUCGUAGGGUGAGAUCGUCCUGGGGACGUCAGAGGGUGGGGGUUGGGAGGUAUAGUCGGCUCACGAGAUGUCCGGACCGAUAUCGGAAUCGCAUUAGAACGCCGCGCCACUUUCGCCCCCGGGAACACCGAACCACCCUCCUUCACAUUCACCCGCACCGCUCGCUUCUCCACGCCCGUCCGUCGCCCGUGACUCCUUUUUCCUUCGGCUGGCUUCAGAAAUAUCGGAGGAGCCUCACGACCACGCCUGCCGAUCCACCGACGUGCCUCGGGCCCGAAAUACCGUCUACUUAUACGCCGAGUAUAGAAUAUUCCUUCGUUUUUUCCUUUAGAAGCUUCAUAAAGUUUCCAGUAGCUUAGACUUAACGUUUCGCCUUUCGUGAGGCUGUAAGUCAUUUUUACGCUGUUCUCUUCGCGGUCGAGUCGAUCUCAUGUGGAAGGUUUAAUUCUGGAAAUACUUAGUAAAAUAAAAUUACACAAAUUGUAAAAUUAAUUGUGCAUUUUAUGUUGUAAUUUAUUAUACUAGAAAAUUGAGAAAGAAAAGAUUUGUCGAUUAAAACUUUUAAAUUUUACUGCUUAGUCAAAAUUUAUGCGCUAAGUUAUUUGUAAAUAAAUAUUGCAACAAAUCGCAAAAAUUUAAAUUAUUUUUAAGAAAUU